AGUCGCUGCCUUAAUUACUCCGUCAGACCGUCACACGCUCCACAAGAAAUCUCAGAUUUCAAAACCAAAUCCAAAAAGACCUAAUUGUUCAGUGCGGGGGGUCCUCUUCACAGCUCCAAUCGCCGAGUUCUAAUAAAAAAGUUGAGAGAUUUGAAUAAGAAGAAGAGCUUCUGCUCGCUUUUAAAUCGAUUCCCUUUUCAGACCCAAACAAAACUCUAGCAGUUAUCCUCUAAGAGAGUCGCAGAGGGGCGAAUAGAAAACAAACAGGAACUCAUAAUGGCUCAGAAGCUUGAACUGAUAAGAGGUGGAGGAGGAUCCAUCAAAAUAGGAGCCACAGGAACGGUGGCAACUCUAAUGACUCGCGAGCUAGACUCCAUGAAACAACAACCUUCUCCUCAGACUCCCACAACUAAACCCAUUAGAACAACUAUCCCCGUCUCUGUAGACUGUGGCACCUCUUCUUCCACUCCAAGAAGACCAAAAGCAAGAAAAUCAUCAGACGAAGCUAGCAGCAGCAAUGUUAGAACACCAAAGGGUCAUCACAUCACCAAAAGCACUCAUCAGCUUCCAAAUGUUGUUGGCUCUGAUAACGUUAGAACACCAAAGGGUCACAAUGCUAAAAAGAGCACUCAUCAGCUUCCAAUGCUUGGCUCUGAUAAUGUAUCCUUGCAAGGAACUCCGAGAAGGGAGAAGAGAAUGAACAUUGUGGAUAUUGUGGAUGUGAAAUGCGGGAAUCCGGAUCGAGCUUGGGCUAAUCCGAUAACCAGUAGACUCAGGAAGCUUGGCUUCUCUAAACUCAAUGAGAGCAUUGGUUAAAGUAGCUCUCUGUUAUGCAAAACUUUUGCCUUAUUAUAUACUCUGGCCCAUCCGGUUUGUUUAUCGGUAUGAACCGAAUUAAACCAAAUGAGAAUGUGGUAUAUUUCUUUUGUCAAACCAACAAUUGUAAACGGAGCUUUUGGUUGUCAUUAAAGUCAUUUAUUUUUGGCA